UGGAUAGCAUAUUCAUUUUUUACAGAAAACCUUUAACAAAAAAGCUGAAAACUCUCUUCAAUCUGUUUAAAAAUAAGUAGAAUGUAAAUAACAUUUAACAAAAUAAAAAUUAAUUUCUUUGCAAAAAAAAAAGAAAAACAGAUGGCACUAAUAAUAGAUUUACAAGGUUUUCGUGGCUCGGAAAAUGAAUUUAUUCCUAAGGAAAUUGCAAUUUUAGAAGAAAAUGAAGUCAGUAGCGCAAUGGGCGAUGAUAUUAAUAACAAUGCUGCAACAAAAUUUAUCAUAAAAGCGCCAUACGACUUAAAGGAACUACCACGCGAUAUUCGAAGACAAAAUUUAUGGCUAAGUAAGCAUUUUCAUGGUAUAUCAUGGGAUCGUGGUACAACUGAAUUGAGUAAUAUUAAUGAGUAUUUAGAAGAAAAACUCAAAUCGCGAGUUGUUUUUUGUAAAGGGAAAGAAAAAUUUAAUUGGAUUAUAAGAAGUAUGCCAGAGCGUUCGUUUUUCUUAUUGGAUUUAGAAAAUUAUGGGUGUCCAAGCAUAAAAGUUUUAAGAAAACAAUAUGGAGAACUAACAAGAUGUGACGACCAUAAGGGAGUAUGUUCCGUUGAAAAUGUACAUUUGUUUGCAGAUUUCAUAAGAGAGAAAAUAAGAAAAAAUGUUAAAUAAAAAUAAAUACAUACUUU